UUCACAAAAUGACAAUUCGUCGAUUAAAUGACUCGGCCAUUCGCAAGCUUCGCGCUUCUUUUAUUUCAACUGUGGCUCAGUGUGUUGUCGAGCUUGCCCAGAAUAGUCUUGACGCUUUAGCAACAACCAUAGAAAUUCAUGUUGAUAUGACGAAAUUUUUUAUUCAAAUUAUUGAUAAUGGGACAGGAAUUACACCAGAGGAUAUGGAAAAAAUUGGUCAACGAUAUGCUACUUCAAAAUGUCAUACAUUAGAAGAUUUGGCGCACGUAACUACUUAUGGUUUUCGUGGAGAAGCUUUGGCUACGUUGGCUGAAGUAUCUGCCUUGGAAAUAAUAAGUAAACAUCCUAAUUACUAUGACACGUAUUGUACGAUUUUAAAGGGUGGACAACGUCUUCAAUGUGGCCCAACACGAAGUAGUAGGCGUAAAAAACCUGGAACUAUAAUAAUAAUACGUGAUUUAUUUUUUACGUAUCCUGUUCGUCGUAAGCAUUUAUCAGAGAACGGCUUCAUUAAUGAACUCGAAAAUGUCAAGAAAUCGGUGGAAUCAUUAGCAUUAAUUCAUCCUCAAGUAACCUUCACUCUAGUUGACGCGUCAAAUGAUAGUAAAAUUGUCACUACAAAAAAGGCUACAACUAACAUAUCGACUUUUCGACAACUUUUUGGAUCAUCUCUGGCACAGAACCUUGAUUCGGUAUAUGCAGAGGAAGAUGAUAUAAAAAUUGAUGGAUUUUUUUCUCUUAGAGGGUUUCACACAAGGCAACAUCAAUAUUUUUACGUCAAUAAACUGCUUAUAGGUUGUAAUGAAAUAUAUAAGUUGAUUGAUGAGAUAUUUAAUCAAAGCAGUUUUGGUAAAAAGAAUUAUGAAUUACCCUUGAAAUCUGGAUCAGAUUAUUCAAAAUAUAAGAAAAGUUCUAUGACAAAAUCUUUGGAAAAAUAUCCAAUAUUUUUCAUUCAUCUCACUUGCCCAACAACCAUUUAUGAUAAAUGUUUGGAUCCAGCAAAAAGUAUGAUAGAAUUUGAGGAUUGGUCCAAAAUUUUAGAUCUUUUAUCUGCACUAGUAUCACAAUUUUUGUUGCAUCAUGGGUUUUCAUUACGUGAGAUUGAGACAAUACCAAGUUUAGACACUCCAAUGUCAAUAAUUGAUAAGGAACAAAUCAAUUAUAAACGUGAUUUGUCGCUAUCUUUUGAAAAUGUAUUACAUAUCAAGAGUGGAGGUCGGAAACAAUAUACUUUUCAAGAUAAAGAAUUGAAAGGUGGCUCAUUUAAUGAUAGAUUUUAUGACAAUCUUACUGAACAUAACAAAAACUCGGAGAAUAAUUGUAACAUAAAUGGUACAAGUACAGAUUUAAAUUCAAAAAAGGUGGAUUCACAACUAAAAGCUAAAGUAGAUCGAAGUAGACUUAGAACAUCGAAGUUUCAAGAAGGAAAUAAUAAUUCAGGAGCGAUUUCAUGGGCAAAGGGGACUUUUGAAAAAUGGACCAAUCCUGUUUUUAAAAGUGCGGAAGUUCCAAUUCCUUUGCUUAAAGCAAUAACAGCAAACAACAAAACUUCUUCAGUUACUAGCAAUUUCUUUUCACACAAUUAUUCAAUACAUUCAAAUAUUUCGGAACAUCGUUUUUGUAAAAAAGAUAUUGAGCAAGCUAAAGUUAUUGGUCAGGUUGAUAAUAAAUUUAUUGCUUGCAAGUUACCUUGUACGCAAAAUAUUGAUAAGGAUAUAGAAGAGAAGCGUAACAUUUUGGUCCUUGUCGAUCAACACGCAGCUGAUGAGCGUGUACGUAUCGAAAUGUUGCUAAAAGAAUUUUGUGAACUCAAACUCAAGCAAUCGGAUCGAAUGGACAUUGAUGAUAACAGCGCCCUACAACCAUCAAAUUCAUUUGUCGAAACAAUUCAACUUAAACCAUCAAAUAAGAUAAUAUUAACAUUUAGGGAGACACAAGUCAUCGAGAGAUUUGAGAGCAACUUUAAUAAAUGGGGAAUAUUUUUCAGUACUAAGUCGGAUAGCAUAUCUAAUACAACAACUUCUUUCGUUUCACCACAUUUUGUCUCUUCAAAGGGAGGUGAUCAUAUUCCUCUUUAUGUAACUCAUCUUCCGAAAAUGAUCGCUGAUCGAUGUGCAUUGGAUAAAAGAAUAACACAAGAAAUUGUUCGUCAGCACCUUUAUUGGUUAGAAGAAACAGGUGGCAUUGGCACCGAUUUUAACGCAAAUGAUGAUCUUGAUGAAUCUAGAGAUUGGGGGAUAAUGAUAAGGAAAUGUCCAAGAGGAAUUAUUGAUAUAUUAAACUCUAAAGCCUGUAGAGGUGCAAUCAAGUUUAAUGACAAGCUUUCAUUACAACAAUGUGAAGAAUUGGUAGCAAAACUUGCGGAGUGUGAUUUCCCGUUUCAAUGCGCGCAUGGAAGACCAUCGAUGAUUCCAGUUUUGUAUUUAAAUGAAGCUCCAAAACCCGUUUCAGUAUAUAGAGAUUCAGUACAAUUAGGUGGUUAUGAUUGGAGAAAUAUUGGAAUAAAAUCUCUUACAAGUAUUAAUCAAAUCGAUAAGAAUGAAGCAUCUAGUAGUUGGAAACGUAGAAAGAUAGAUUUAGAACGAUUUCGGAUUUAAGCUAGAUUUUUAGACUAAUUUAUUUUGUAUCCAAUGUAAUAAUAGAGUUGUAUUUUAUCUUUUUUUUUUGAAAAAUUAAGUGAUAAGUCUAUUGCAAACACCAAAGACAAGACUCAAUGAGCUAAUGCAGAAUUGAAAGCAAAGUUAAUUCUUAUAGUUAAUUCUCGUAAUUAUACUUAUCUGGGUUCUAACAACUAAAUAUCCCAAGCUAAUUUAUGUUUAUAAAUGUAAC